AUGGAUCAUGAUACAGAGAACGAAGGGAAGACUGAUUUUAUUGAUUUGGAAAAACAUUGGAGUACUAUUCUCGAAAAAGGAAUAGAUCAGUUGACUGAUGCCCAAAUAACUGGUUUGAAAUUCAGUUCCCUAGAUGAUGGUGGAGAGUUUUAUAACACAUAUGCAAAGUUGGUUGGGUUUAGUAUUCGUAAAGAUGAGAUAAAGCGUAAUAAAGAUAACAUUGUGACUUCUAGAAGAUGGGUUUGUGCAAAGGAAGGGUUGCGAAUUAGGAAAAAUGAGUCCAAUGUAAAUUGCAUGCGUGAGAGACCAAUAACAAGAAGUGGUUGCAAGGCCGCUUUUCGUAUUAGGUUUGAACGAAAGUUAGGUGAAUGGGUGGUAGGAGAGUUUAAAAGGGAGCAUAAUCAUGACUUAGUUCCGCAAUUUGAGACUCAAUUUCUCCGUUCACAUAGGACUAUUAAGGAUUCUGAUAAGGCUCAGAUUAUAGCAUUGCAUAAUGUUGGGGUCAAAUCAAAUCAAAUCAUGGAUCAUAUGAUCCAACAAGCUGGAGGAUACGAGAAUAUAGGGUUCACUUCAAAAGAUCUCUACAAUUAUGUAGCGGAAAUUCGCAACAACAAUACGCGAGAUGGUGAUGCUGAAUGUGCUUUGGGAUAUUUACAAGCAAAAGUAGACAUGGACUCCUCAUUUUUUUUUAAAUACACUGUUGAUGAAGAAAGCCGUUUGGCUAAUCUGUUUUGGACAGAUUCUCAAAGUCGUUUAGAUUAUGCAUGUUUUGGAGAUGUAGUCGCGUUUGAUACAAGAUAUAAGACAAAUGUAUACAAAAAACCCCUUGUUAUAUUGGUAGGAGUCAACCACCAUCGGCAAACUAUAGUAUUUGGUUUUGGAUUAUUGGUUGAUGAGACCGUUGAAACAUAUACUUGGGUGUUGCAAAAUAUGCUUGUAGCAAUGAACAAUAAGACCCCUAUUUCAGUUGUGACAGAUGGGGACAAAGCAAUGAGUAGAGCUAUUAAAACGGUUUUUCCAAAGUCUCGACAUUGUUUAUGUGUGUGGCAUCUUGAAAGGAAUGCUUUUGCAAAUCUACAUGAUAAAGUAUAUGAAAGUUUUAUUAGGUGUAUGGUAUGA